CGGCGCUGCGGCCCCGGUGCUGCCGCCGUUCCCGGUGUCCGCGCGGGCGCAGCCGCCGCUCCCCCCCCGCCCCGCCCGAGCGGAGCCGGAGCCGCCGAUGCCGGGACCUGGGCGCUGAGCGCGGCCCCGAGAUGGGGAUCCUCAGCAUCACGGACCAGCCUCCUCUGGUCCAAGCCAUCUUCAACCGCGAUGUAGAGGAGGUGCGGUCGCUGCUGAAUCAGAAGGAGAACAUCAAUGUACUGGACCAAGAAAGACGAACGCCGCUGCACGCUGCUGCCUACAUAGGAGAUGUUGCAAUCCUCGAGCUCCUCAUUCUGUCAGGUGCUAAUGUUAACGCGAAGGACACUGUCUGGCUCACCCCGUUACACCGUGCCGCGGCGUCUCGCAACGAGAAGGCACUUCACCUCCUCCUGAAGCACUCGGCAGACGUCAAUGCCCGCGACAAGUAUUGGCAAACACCUUUGCACGUGGCCGCUGCCAACCGGGCCACCAAGUGCGUGGAGGCCAUCAUCCCCCUGCUGAGCACUGUCAACGUCGCGGACCGCACGGGCCGCACGGCGCUGCACCACGCCGUGCACAGCGGCCACCUCGAGAUGGUGAACCUGCUGCUGAACAAAGGUGCCAGCCUGAGCACUUGCGACAAGAAAGACCGCCAGCCCAUCCACUGGGCAGCUUUCCUAGGGCAUUUGGAAGUUCUGAAGCUGCUGGUGGCACGAGGAGCCGAUGUGAUGUGUAAGGACAAGAAGGGCUACACGCUGCUGCACACGGCGGCAGCCAGCGGCCAAAUUGAAGUCGUGCGGCACCUCCUGAGGCUGGGAGUCGAGAUCGAUGAACCAAAUUCUUUCGGAAACACUGCACUUCACAUUGCCUGUUACAUGGGCCAAGAUGCCGUGGCCAACGAGCUGGUCAACUACGGCGCCAACGUCAAUCAGCCUAAUGAGAAGGGCUUCACCCCUCUGCACUUUGCUGCCGUCUCCACCAACGGGGCCCUGUGCCUGGAGCUCCUCGUGAACAACGGGGCCGACGUCAACUUUCAGAGUAAGGAAGGGAAGAGCCCUUUGCACAUGGCUGCCAUUCACGGACGGUUCACGCGUUCACAGAUCCUCAUUCAGAACGGCAGCGAGAUUGACUGCGCUGACAAAUACGGCAAUACCCCUCUCCACGUUGCUGCUAGAUACGGCCACGAGCUGCUAAUUAGUACUUUGAUGACGAAUGGUGCUGACACUGCAAGGCGUGGGAUCCACGACAUGUUCCCUCUGCACUUAGCUGUUCUCUUCGGAUUUUCAGACUGUUGUCGCAAGCUGCUUUCCUCAGGUCAGUUGUACAGCAUCGUCUCCUCGCUCAGCAACGAGCACGUGCUGUCCGCAGGCUUCGAUAUCAACACACCUGACAACCUCGGGAGGACCUGCCUCCACGCUGCUGCUUCCGGAGGGAACGUUGAAUGUCUUAAUUUGCUGUUGAGCAGCGGUGCUGACUUGAGGAGGAGAGAUAAAUUUGGAAGGACUCCACUGCACUACGCGGCUGCCAAUGGCAGCUAUCAGUGUACGGUGACGCUGGUCACGGCAGGAGCCAGUAUUAAUGAGGCGGACUGUAAAGGCUGUACCCCCUUACACUAUGCUGCUGCUUCGGACACGUACAGGAGAGCAGAGACUCAUUCAGGAAACAGCCAUGACGCGGAGGAGGAGCCGCUGAAGGAGUCCAGGCUGAAGGAGGCGUUCUUUUGUUUGGAGUUCCUGCUGGAUAAUGGUGCUGACCCAUCCCUCCGGGACAAGCAGGGAUACACCGCUGUCCACUAUGCAGCUGCGUACGGCAACAGGCAGAACCUCGAACUGCUCCUGGAAAUGUCUUUUAACUGCCUGGAGGAUGUGGAAAGCACCGUUCCUGUCAGCCCUUUGCACUUAGCUGCCUACAAUGGUCACUGUGAAGCCCUAAAGACACUUGCCGAAACCCUUGUGAACCUCGACGUGCGGGACCACAAGGGGCGGACGGCGCUGUACCUUGCCACGGAGAGAGGCUCCACCGAGUGCGUGGAGGUGCUCACCAGCCACGGUGCCUCCGCCCUGGUGAAGGAGAGGAAGAAGAAGUGGACCCCUCUCCACGCUGCAGCUGCCAACGGGAACACCGAUUCCCUGCACCUCCUGAUAGACAGCGGGGAGCGGGCAGACAUCACUGAUGUCAUGGACAUCCACGGCCAAACCCCCCUGAUGCUGGCGAUCAUGAAUGGCCACGUCGACUGUGUCCAUCUCCUGCUGGAGAAGGGAUCCACAGCCGAUGCAGCAGACAAGAGGGGAAGGACCGCCCUGCACCGAGGGGCGGUGAUGGGCUGUGAGGACUGCCUGGCUGCCCUGCUGGACCACGAUGCCUUCGUUCUGUGUCGGGAUUUCAAAGGCCGGACCCCGAUCCACUUUGCAUCGGCGUGCGGGCACUUGGAAAUCCUGAGGACCCUGCUGCAGGCAGCCCUCUCUACUGAUCCUCUGGACGCCGUGGUGGACUACAGUGGCUACUCACCGAUGCACUGGGCUUCGUACAGUGGGCACGAAGAUUGUCUUGAAUUGUUACUUGAACACAAUCCAUUUGCGUACCUAGAAGGAAACCCCUUUACUCCAUUGCACUGUGCAGUAAUUAACAACCAGGACGGCACUGCUGAAAUGCUGGUGGAAGCAUUAGGUGCCAAGAUUGUUAAUAGCAGAGAUGCCAAAGGAAGGACACCCCUUCACGCUGCUGCCUUUGCAGACAACAUCCAUGGUUUACAGCUGCUCCUGCGCCACCAGGCCGAGGUGGACACGACUGACAAGCUGGGGAGGACUCCCCUCAUGAUGGCUUCUGAGAAUGGGCACACCGCAGCAGUCGAGUUCCUGCUCUACCAAGCGAAAGCAAAUAUAACUGUGCUGGAUGUCAACAAGAACACAGCUCUUCACCUGGCCUGCAGCAAGGGCCAUGAAAAGUGUGCCUUGUUGAUCCUGGGGGAAACCCAAGACCUUGGCCUUAUCAAUGCAAGUAACAGUGCUCUGCAGAUGCCGCUCCACAUCGCAGCUCGGAACGGGCUGGCCUCCGUCGUCCAGGCCCUGCUCAGCCGAGGCGCCACUGUCCUGGCUGUGGAUGAAGAAGGUCACACCCCAGCCUUGGCUUGUGCGCCCAACAAGGACGUUGCCGACUGCCUGGCACUUAUCCUCUCCACCAUGAAGCCUUUCCCACCUAAAGACGCCAUCAGCUCUUUCAGCUUCAACCUCCUCAAGAACUGCGGCAUCGCGGCCAAAACUGCCGCCUGCGGGGCUCUGCCCAACGGCAGCGCCUGCCCCUACGGCAAGGACCGGCACAGCGCCAUCGGCUUGGACGGCUGUUACUCGGAGUAGCUUAAACUAUGGGUGACCUAAUAUCUUAUUAUAUUUAUUUAGAAAUUCUAUAAAUAUAGGGCACUUUAAAGGAGAACAAGACUGGGCAGCCCUCUGGCGCGGCCGGGUAGCCAAGAGUUCAGUGCUUCCUCUUCCCUCUGCUUUACCAGAGCGGUGCCAAAGGUUUUGGGAGCAGCUAGCCGUGCCCUUCCCGUCCCCGCGCCGUCCCAAUCCUCUCCCUGUCAGCGCAUGCCGAUGAUGGGGCAGGAGACGGAUGCUGCGGGCUCAGUGCUUCACCAUCGCCUGCUGACUUGGGAAGGGGCUUUGUCCCUCAGAUUUCGGGGCAGAUUGAAAUCGGUUCUGGCGUUUGCCGGUGCUCCGUGCCGGCAUCCCGCCCUGCCUCGCCCUCAGCGCUGCCCCGAGCCCUCGCUCUACGGCUGGCUGGGACGGGGAAGCCUGAACUCUUGGUGGGAUGAGGGGUGGGAAUCUUUGGGAAUUGGUCGGUCCUGCAGGCGCUGAGGUGAGUGAGAGCUCCCGGCCAAGUGCCGCUGUCCCUGCUCGGCACAGUCGCUUCUCACGCUCAUCCCCAGAUUCCAAUACAAACACUUGAAUCGAGAUCUACUGUAACCUGGGACACGAAAAACCUCCUCUUGGCAGCUGUCGCUUAUAUGCAAACCCGGGUGCUGCUGCUCGUGGCUGCGGCUGCGCUGCCGGAGCCUCCCUCCCACACCAGGCACUUUAGGGAUUCUGUUGGUUGGUUGUUUUUUUUUUUUCCCUUGGCAAAAAUGUCCGAUCCUAAGAAACGAUUCUGUUCUGAGUUCCCGUCCUGUUUUGCGUGGCCGUUCUCCUGGGCGAGAGUCAGUGUUGCUUUUUUUUUCUUUAGAAAAAAAAAAAGUUAUUUAUAAAGAAGUGAGCAUUUACCUUUAAAAAAAAAACAAAAAACAACAAAAAAAAACUAAAAAAAAAAAAAAUCCUGAAACUUUUAGCCUUUUAAUAGGGAGAGAAAUGCACUUCAGCGUCCGCAUGGCAGCCGUGGGUCUGUGCUCAUGCCUGACGCAGCCACGGGACAGGUUCGGUUGUGUGCGUGGGGUCUGGGGUUUGUUUGGGGUUUUCUUUGUUAAUUUAGAGCUCUUGUCCCGAAUGCCUGAGUGAAGCAUUCGAGAAUGUUGCACUGGGUUUAUCCGUUGGGUUUUUUUUUUUCGUUUCCUUCUGAGUUACUGUACCGAUAUCGGGUGCAAAAACCGAUCCUCCUCCUCCGUACCGCGAGAGUUCAAAGCCAAAGACUGGGAUGAGAGAAUGGGAACGGGCUGGCGGGGCAGCAGGAAUUUUGGGAGCCCUCUUCUCCCCGACCUCCGAGGAGGAGGAGCGCGGGGCUGAGGGCAUCCCAGAGCGAUCCCUCCCGAUGGGAGCAGAGAGAAGAUGCCGUUAAAGGAUCCCUCUCUGCCGCUUGCCUCCUCUUUGCCAGCAACGGGACCGCGCAACCCCCGCGCUGCCGCUCUCUUGCCCAGAGUUCCAGAGAGCAGAAGCGUUUCUGUAACCAAAAGACAAGGUCUUAGGUCUUUUUCCUUCUGUUUUUAACCGGUUUUGGAGGAAGGCGGCUCCUGGCAGGGUGGUGUCGGUUUGGGCCGUGGUGUUGAGCGGGUGCCGGAGCGGCCGUUUUGGGGAGGCUCCCGCGGGCAGGGUGCUGCCGGCAGCCCGCGGGGACGCUCCCCUCGCACUGUUUCUUUCUUUUUACCAAAGCCAAACUCUUUUAAGAACCAAAUAUGAAGUUUCAGUCUUGGCCUUUGGGUGAUAAAGCACAUUUUCUUCCUCUUUCAUGUCGGAGUUUUUCCCGGAAGGGAGCGGGGUCAGGGAGCUUCCGCCACUCCUGCUCAGCGCCAGAGCUCAGUCUCCCCAUCCCGUUUCUAUCCGCACUUCCUUCAGCAAAGCACUUGAGCAGUUUGCCCUGGGCGAGGUCUGGGAGCAGGAGCGGUGCUCGGCUUGGACCCCAGAGGACUCCGGUCCCGGGCGGUGGGGAGCGGGCAGGGCUCCUCCGGCUGCUCUGGAGGGAUCAUCCCAUCUGGACUCCACUCUUGGCAAGGCUGCCGGGUCCCAUCCUUUGGUGCCAGUGUAGGAUCGGGUCCCGGCCGACAGCCUCUCCCCUUCCCCUCUCUGCCCCAACCCUUGAGCUUGAAAGAAAGUGUUAAACCUUUCUGCACCGAAUACCUCAGUUCGGAACCAGAAUAAACUCAUGAAACUUGAAUUUAAAGGUCCUUUCUGAAAAUCCUUUUCAGUAUUCUAGAGAGGAGAACUGGAAAAAGAGACUUGUUUACAUUGCUGUCGAGUCCACGCUUGCCUCUUGCAGCUCUUUCCCUUUCGGGGAGGAAUUUCAGCAUCGCUUUAUCUCUUCUCCUCGUGCUUGCCCUCGCCCUCCCCGCGGGCCAGGAAAAUGGGUCCAAAGUCCCGAGCCGUUGUCUUCAAGGGCUAAAGUUCUUCUUCAGGCAGAUGAAGGGGCUGAGCUGCCCCCGGCCUUGGCUCCCCCAUCCUUGGCCAUUCCCAGGGAUGGAGAUGGGUUUGGAGCGGGCAGAUGGCUCCAUCCUUCUGCCGACGCUCCGGCUCUCGAUGUCAACCGGGGACUGCCCGGAGGCGGCAGCGGAGUCGGACCGUCCCGUGCCGCUCACGCCGAGGCCCUCGAUGCCGCGUGGCUUUAGCAUCGCUAGCGGGGCCGGGGCUCCAGCACCAUCUCACGGCGUUUUUACAGGGCAAGAACAUUUGUUAGAGCACACAGAGAAUGCUGCUUUUCCUUCACCCCCCCGCCCCUUCCCCUCACCUUUUGGAGCGUUAUUGUGGUUUUCAGUUUCUUUGUGUAGAGCAGAAAGCUGAUCUCUCUCUUGGCCGUGUUUCUGUGCUGCGAUGCAUUCCCUUCCGCUCAACGUGACGAUGAAAACUAUGCCGAGACAAUCAAUGUGAUCUCUGUAAGGGCUUCUCCAUCUUCUCUGCAGCGCAGCGCUUUAGAGUUCUAAGUGUUCUCUGCGAGGUUCUUUUUCUCCCCUCCCCUUUGUGUCUUAUUAAAAUUAAUAAUAAUAAUAAUAAUAAUAAUAACGAAGGGAGCUGAGGUUUCAGCAGCGCAUCCGUGGCCGGGGGAGCA